ACAAUGAUGUAAAUUUUUGUAUUCGGUGUUCGAUAUUUUAUCGAAGUGUCGAUCCGUGCUACUAAAUUCUAGCGUAUUUUCCUCCGGCGAGAUGUCUAAAGAAAUAAAAAUCAAAGUAAGCCCAGUAAGAAAAACUCCUCAAAGCGAUAUCGACGAUUACAUCGAAGAAAGCGAAAAUAUGGCUGUAAGACGAAUCCCCGCAGUUUACUCGUAUCCAUCGAAAGCUGGAUAUUUUCGACCUUGGAGAUUCACUCAAGCUGAGAGAAGCGGUACUUCGAAAAUAUUCUACGCUAAAACCACCAGAUUUAGGAUUAAUUUAGACGUGGAUCAAUUUAAUCCGGAUACGUUGCGAGUUGAAGUGGUUGGAAAGAAUAUCGAAGUAGAAGGGCAGCAUAAUAUGGUCUCAGAUAAGUUGGGAAUGAUUAGCAGAUGGAUGAGAAGAAAGUAUAAGGUUCCUCCUGAUGUGAAACUCGAUUCUAUAACGCAUCUUAUGGAUAAAAAAAGCAUAGUUGUUAUUAACGCUGAACGAGAUUUGGCGGAUUCGUUACCAAAUUUAAAGCAAGAUAUAAAGGACCAUGGUACAGCAGGAACGGAAUCUCAAAAGUGAAAUAAAAAUUCGUUCAUUUGUUUGCGAAAGAAUAAGCUGAUG